UGUUGGAGAAGGCGCAUUUGGUUGUAAAUGUAGACAGUUGAGAGGUAUAUGAUUUUUAUUUCUUUUUUUAGUGUGUUUUAUUGUGACGGAUCCGUGCUUUAUCAUGAAUGACCUUAAAAAAACUCCUAAUUUAAUUAAAUUAAAUUCAUAUAUUGUUAUCCAACGACAAGGAUAUUUUAAAUUACAUCAGCUUUCUAGUAAAGCUGAGAUAAUGUUAGGAAAGGAUAAGAUUGAUUUAUCUUGUGUGAUAGAUAAACCUUUUUGGACAGUGUUCAAAAUGAUUCCUUCAAAAGGUUCAAAGAGGGAAUUCGCUUUAGAAGUUUGCUCCCAAACUGAAGAUUUUUCGAAAGAGUUCUCCAGUGGUGCUGACAACAGAAAUAUUACUGAUGAUGGUAGUUCUCAGAAUUUAACAAGUGAUGACAUCAAUGAAAUGAGGGAAAGUGGUUUAUCUGCUCAAGUUAUUCUUGAAAAAAUAAUUGAAAACAGCAAAACAUUCAAAGAGAAAACAGAAUAUUCCCAAGAAAAAUAUUUGAAAAAGAAGGAAAAGAAAUAUUUUGAAUACAUCAUUGUACGUGAGCCUACAAUACGUUUGCUAUCGGAGAUAUUUUAUUUCAGAGACCAGUCAAAGAUAUUAGGUCUACGGCAUGAUGCUCUUUCACAGAUCUAUACUCUUGCUAAUAUCCAGCAUAAUGGUAUUUAUGCUCUGUUUGAAAACGGAACACAAGGAUUAGUUGGAGCUGGAGUAUUAAAUUAUUUAAGUGACAACGGACUUCUUAUAAAUUUGACUAUUAACAAUCAGCCACAGAAACAAGCUAUCUUAGCCAUGAAUUUCGGUCCUGAAAAGUUAAUGCAAUUUGUUUCAGUUAAAUUAAAAGAUUUAGUAAAUUCAACGCAAAACAAAAACAAUGAAGUUGAAGAUGCAAGUAACGAAAAACUUAGCAGCGAUCAGAUAAAUAACUCUCUACAAACAAAUGUGGAACCUAGUCCAAUCAAACGAAAGCAUUCUACUGAUGAAACGGAGUGUCCGAAAAAACCUAGAUGGACUGAAGAUUUAGAAAAAGCUGUGGCAACUUUAAAAGAAAAACAAUUGAAUGGAAUCAUUAUUGUAGCAAAGGAAUACCCUUUAAAUAUUUUAACACUUUUGUUGCCAUAUUUAAAACCAUCGAGCCAGCUUGUUAUAUACUGCCAGUAUAGAGAGCCUUUGGUACAAUUGUAUGUAGAACUUAAGAAGAGAAGGGAUAUUAUAGGUCUUCAUCUAUUAGAGAAUUGGCUGAGGCUCUAUCAAGUAUUACCAGAUAGAACACAUCCAGAUGUUACGAUGAAUUGUACAGGACAUAUAUUGACUGGAAUUAAAGUUUUAAACUCUUGAUAUGUAUUUAUUAUUGUUAAACAUUGUUUCUUUAUUUUCUUAUUGAACAUUGGAAUGAAUAUAAUUUAUGUUUUUAUUACAGACAAAAAAGAAAUAUUAGUUUUGAUUUAAUUUUCAUUCUGAAAUGCAUUUCUCCAAUAUAUAAUUAGGCAAAGACAAAACAGUUCAGUACGUUUUUCUCAACCGAUUUUCUUUUUUUUUUAAUUGCUAUUGACGAG